AUGAAGUCCAUCCUCUUCAGCCUUUCUCUGCUCCUCCUGGAGGAGCAAGCAGCUGGAAUAGGGAUCUAUGGUGGGACAAAAGGACACUUUCUAGUAAAAACGCCCCCAGUUGUAUUUAUCCAAAAAGGCCAUUUCCACUAUGGGUCCAGUGAAGCACAGGAAGACGUAUCUGAAGAAAGCAUUUUUAUGCAAACUGAGCAGCAUGUGUAUGGCCAAGAUGCUGAUACUGAAGUAGGGAAGACUCAGAGCUCACAGGAGCUGAGAGAUUUAAACGAAGACACAGUUUGUGAUGAAGAAGAAGACGAGAUUAGCCAACAAAAAUCCCAACUUCAAUCCCAGUCACAAAUCAAAUCCCAAGCCCAGCUAAAAUCCCAUGAAACCCAACUGAAAUCCCAAAUAGGCAAGCUAAAGACCCUAGGCCAGGUGAAAGCACAAAUCAAGCUGAAACCCCACAGCACCCCCCUGAAAUCCUACCAGGCACCACUAACUCUCCGAGAAGACUCUGCUCAGCAAAUCAAGGGCAAAGAAUACACCCUGGAUGAAGACCUGGUCCAAGAGCAUCAGCAGCAUAAAAAGGUUCAGGGGCUCAAAAGAAAGCUUGGCUGGGCCAGGAAAGCAGCAGAGGUCUUUCCACAUUUUAGACAGCACUCCCAAUCCUAUAUUGUGCAGGUUCAAGAGCAGUUACAGGGUGGAAUUCAUCACACAAAAUCUUUCCACCAAGCUCAAGGGAUGUGCUACUGUCCAAAAGGAGGGUUAAUCCUAUAUCAAGAUGUCUUCACAGAAUAACACAUUCAAUAAUCAGUCAAGGAC